AUGAGUGAAAGGGAUGACUUUGGGCUCCCCCAGGAUGCCGAGACUCCCACCAGUGAGCCCCUGCUGGGGGCUGUGGCCAUGGAGGGUGCCUGGGCCCUUCCAGCCUGGAAGGAAGAGCAGGGAGAGCAGGCAGUAGGGCGGGGGGAAGAGGAGUGCCCCAUCUGCACUGAGCCCUACGGGCCCAGGGAGCAUUGCCUAGCCCUGUUGAACUGUAGCCACGGCCUGUGUGUGGGCUGCCUGCGCAGGCUGUUGGGCUCGGCCCCGAGCUCCAACCUGGGCCAGGUGCGCUGCCCACUGUGCCGCCAGAAGACCCCCAUGCUGGAGUGGGAGAUCUGCCAGCUGCAGGAGGAGCUGCUACUGGCCGACGGGCCCCAACGUCAGCCCCACCGAGAGGCCCCUGUACCCCAGCACCAAGACCCUGGACCCUGGGGCUCCCUGGAGCACCGCUACCAGCAGCGCUUUGUGGUGGGGGCUGUGGGCGGCCGUGGCUGCCUGCCCUUCCUGCCCUGCCCACCCUGCCUGGGUGCCUGGCUCUGGACCCUACGGGAACGGGGACCCUGUGCCCACCGCCUGGCGCUGCUGAGCCUGCUGGCCCUCGAGCUGCUGGGGUUGCUGCUGGUCUUCAUGCCGCUGGUGCUGCUGGGGCUGCUCUUCCUGCUGCUGGACCGCUCUGGCCGCUGAGCAGAGCCCAGGACGGCCCUGACGCCAGUGGGCCCAGCCUGGCCCACAUCGCCACUGGGUGCUGUGAGGCCUGACCAGGCUGAAAAACCUGAGGUUGGGUCCAGGUCACUGCCCUUCAGUCAAGACCUCCAUGGCUGAACCCAAGACCGGGGCCACCCAGGAGCCUGACCCUGCCAGAGUGCAUGGCUGCUCUGGACGCCAGUGCCCAAGGACAGCUGCUGGAGGAGCCAGCCCAGCAGGAAGGUCUUCGAGCAGGACCCCACUCACCCUUUGGCAGACAGGCACCCUAUGGCCAUGGCUGAUGCUGGCCACACUUCCCCUUCCAAGGGCUGGCCGAGCAUAGCAGACGUGAAAGUUAACAGAGCUGCAGUCAGUCAGUUCCUUGGAGAGGGCAGGGGUUCCGCCCACCCGGUGUUCAGAUAAGGGCCAGUGCAUGUUCCUGAAGGUCAGGCCAUUUGGGGGAGGAGCCUGUGCUGUGAAAACUCCACCUGCAAAGGCUUCUCCCCAGCUGCUCAGGCUGAGACCAGCUGGGGGUCAGCACCGGCCUGUGUUGCAGGGACAAGUGUCCACCCAGGCCUUAAAAUGUAAGCACUAGGCCCAGCUCUACCCCUGCACACCCUCACGUUGCCACACCUGGGGCCUUCAUGGAAAGGGUGGAGACCGGGUCUGUGGGUGACCCUGAGAGAUGAAGCACCGGGCCUCCGACGCAAAGCAGCUUUCAAUAAACCGGCUUCUGGGAA